UUUAUGCACAUUGCAACUCUCAUACAGGAUGUGCGCUCGUUUGAUAAUUUUAUAUGUGUUAAUAUUCUCUUGUAAGGGAGAAAUAGGUGACGAGCUGCAUUGUUCAAAGUAUCAUUAUGAGACUCAAACACUUGAGAGAAUUAUCAAGGCAGAAAUCAGUAUCAAUGGGUUCAAAAAUGAUUUUCAUCAGAUAAAACAUGGAAUAGAAGCAGAAAAGUCAAAUGCCGAAGCCAUUUCAAAGUUGGAGGAGAAAUUUCAGCAGAUGCAACAGUCCUUGCAGACGUUCACGGAAAAUAUGACCGCUAUAAAAGAAAAGCAUGACUCUUUGACCACAAGGCAUGAUACGAUUAGGCAAGUUUGUAUACCAAGCAAGACGUACAGCAAUGUUGAGGAUUCCGAACAAAUGACAAGCAAAUGUCAAGCUGGCCUUAUGUACGUACAUGACAGCAAAAAAUGCACCCCAGAUAUCGGCAGUACUUUUCAACUUGAAUUUCCCACGGAAACUUACAUGGAAUGCGCACAUGUUGACAUGGAGCAAAACUUAAAGUCUGCAACCGUCUGCUUUUGGAUGAAAACAGACGACUCAAUGAAUAACGGCACGCCAUUCUCAUAUGCCAAUGAGGAUGGCGACAAUAUGUUUACUCUUACUGAUUAUAACGGGUUUACGUUUUAUGUGAAUGGUGAAAAAAGAACGACUACGGCCAAAGCCAACACUGGAGAUUGGCAUCACAUCUGCGUCAUGUGGGCGUCAAACAGAGGGGAGUGGAGACUCUAUAUGGAUGGCAUUCCAAUGGACAGUGGUAGAAGAUUGUCGAAUGGACAAACCAUCAAAGGUGGCGGACAGUUCAUCAUUGGUCAAGAACAGGAUAUUAUCGGAGGAGGAUUUGCCAGUGCCGAAUCUUUCAUUGGUCAAAUUUCACAGCUAAACAUGUGGAGUAGAAGUCUGUCUCUAAGAGAUAUUGAAUCACUGCGACAAAACUGUUCAUCACUAAUGGGUGACGUCAUAGCCUGGAAGGAUGUUUCCGUGAAGUCAAAACGUUUCGUCACUGUGACCACUGUAGAGUUUUGUAAAGCCUGUCCUCAACUAGAUGAUAUAGACAACGGCAUAGUUACAUACACCGAUAUUACACCGGGAUCAGAGGCUAGUUAUAGCUGUAAUAGAGGACAUGACCUUACAGGCCGCAGAACAAGAUUGUGUAUUGUUACCGGGGAAUGGGAGGGCAAUGAUCCAGUAUGUGCAACGGUACAAUGCGGACACCCAGGAGGGAUUUUAAACGGCUGGACCGAAGGUGAUAGAUAUACGUAUGGUAAUCGUGUUCGUUACAGGUGUGAACGAGGAUAUGUAUUGGUUGGUCGUUCCACAAGAUAUUGCGGGGAAUUUGGUUUCUGGGAAGGCGACACACCUAUCUGUGAGCAGCAAGAUUUCUACGAAGAUCUAUAUUAACAUCCAAAACACUGUCAGGUUCAAAUGAGUAUAACAUAGUGUGCAUAUAGUUUUCAUUAUCCAUAUUGAACAGAUGUGGCAGGAAUGUAUUUCAACAUCUUUCAUUCUCGGACAUAUCGCUGGUAACGACGGAAAUAACUUCAAAGCCUGUUUUGGUAGAAAUAAAAAACCCUCUACUUGUAUUUGACCAAUA